AGCAAGAUGGCGGCGCAACUGCCAGACCGUGAUGGUGGUUCGCAGCUGGCAGGGCCCGCAGCGGAGGCCGACCCCCUGGGCCACUUCACGUGUCCCGUGUGCCUAGAGGUGUAUGAGAAGCCGGUGCAGGUGCCCUGUGGACACGUCUUUCUCUCUGCAUGCCUGCAGAAAUGUCUGAAGCCGAAGAAGCCUGUCUGUGGGGUGUGUCGCAGCACUCUGGCACCUGGUCUCCGAGCCGUGGAGCUCGAGCGGCAGAUUGAGAGCACAGAGACUUCUUGCCAUGGCUGCCAUAAAAAUUUCUUCCUAUGCAAGAUCCGUGCGCAUGUGGCUACCUGUUCCAAAUACUAGAAUUACAUCAUGGAAGGUGUGAAGGCCACCACCAAGGAUGUGUCCCUUCAGCCAAGAAAUGUCCCAAACCGUUACACUUUUCCUUGUCCUUACCGUCCCGAGAAGAAUUUUGAUCAAGAAGGACUUGUAGAACACUGCAAGUUGUUCCAUAGCACGGACACUAAAUCUGUGGUUUGUCCGAUAUGUGCCUCGAUGCCCUGGGGAGACCCUAACUACCGCAGCGCCAACUUCAUAGAGCACAGCCAACGCCGGCACCGGUUUUCUUAUGACACUUUCGUGGAUUACGACGUGGAUGAGGAGGACAAGAUGAACCAGGUGCUGCAGCGCUCCAUCAUCGACCAGUGAGCAGGCUCUGCUGGGGCUCAUGUUCCAGAGCUUCCAUUACGUGUUCAGCGGGAAACGUGUGACUCCUCCACCUAAAUGUACAAUAGACCUGGAAGUGAGCCGUGGUAUUAAGACAGGGUCACUUCCGACGGGGAACAAGUCCCCAGAGCAGAGCCCUCCUUUCCUUUGGGCUCUUCCCCUACUGUUUACCCUGCUUGUCACAUGUCUGGUCUUGCUCCUCAGCCACGUCCUGCAGCUUCUGCCUCCUUUUUGGAAGGGAACCCAGCUUCUCCACCUGUCCUUGUUUCACAUUUGAGCCUCGUGUUCGAUGUUGACCUCUCAGGUCCUCUGAGCCAGCCAGGACCUUUUCUGGGUCAUGAAUAGCACAGAUGAGACAAGCGUCUCCUCUCCUUGU